GCCUGUGUGGGCCUGUGUAUGUUUAAUCAUCACUGGUUUUGCAUUAAUAGAGUGGUAACCACGCGGUAACUUCAUGUAAAUGUAAAUUUUGGGAUAGAGGUCACUCCUUGCAAAACAAUAACAUAACCUCAAUAAAUUGCGUCAUUGAGAAAAUGUCCAUCAUUUUUUUGUUUAAAAAUGUUACAUGUUUUACGAAUGUUCGGUGAAAUACAGCACAAGUUCGUAACAUGUGUCCGACAAUUAACCACUACAGAAGUGUCCACCGCCCUGAGACCCUUUUAUUUCAGUGUUCACCCAGACUUAUUCGGGCAACAUCCCAUUCAAAGGGCCAUCAACGAAAAUUCUUUAAAGCAACUAAGUUCAAUUAUUGCAAUGUUACAAGCUAAACGAUGGAUUAAACCUACUAGUCUGCAGUUUUACUUGAGGGACAAAAAGUGUGAAGAAGCUACCUUCCGCUUGAUAAAUAUACAUAUACGAGAACGUGAUAUUCGAGAGGCUGUAUUAACAAUUUUAAAAACGUGUGAGUUACCCACCGAAUAUGUGGAUAAAAUUCCAAAACCACCAGAGCCCAAAGAAACUAUCUGCAUCAACUCUAAUAAUAUUGAUUUUUCAAAAGUUAACGAAAACGAUCCAAUUUUUGCUCCAAUAAUUAUGCGACGGAAAGUGGACGACGCCAAAAAAGCGAUGAGAUUGAAAAACUGGCUUGCAAAAAAUUACAAAGGUGCCUUAGAAAAGUGGGAAGCUAACAGACCUUUGAGGGAAGAAGUUGACCGUCUGCGUUUGAAAAUUUCAGAACAGUGGAAAUUAACGGAUAUCCGUUGGGAUUGUGGCUGGAAUGUGACACAUUUUAGGGGUUGUUUGCAAAGUUUUAUGGCUUUGGCUGAACAGCACCCUGAGGUGAUACAUAGUUUGAAAGGACGGACACUUGUGUUUGCUCCUUUCACUGGAAUAAGUUUAGAUGGUCAUAUAAUGUUAAAUAGCGCAGAAGUGAGGCAUAAUUGGCUUGAUCUUAUUAAAAAUGUUAGAAGAUAUGAUCAAACACUAUUCAGGAUACCUGGUUUUGAAAAGUCGGUUUCUCAAGUUCUGAAAGGGAUAAAAGUCGGUAGAAGGAAAUUUAUGCCAAAAAUUCUAGCUGGAGAAUAUGAACGAAAUUUGCAGCAAAUUACAACUUCUUUAAGUGAUUUUAGAGGCAGGCGAGGGUUUCCUAAGCAGUGGCCCAAUUCUUUGGAGGAAUUUGAAAUCGUUGUUGAGACUGAGGCUGGUCCAUUAAUGGUAUCUCCAACUGGUCAAUUCAUUGUUCCUUCUUCUAUACCCGGCUUUUUGUUGGUAAAUUUUAUUACAAAUAAUAUAGAAUUAGCUAAGGAGAAAAUAAAUAAUUACAAAAAUAACAAAUAUGUGGAGCGCUCACUACAGAAGCAGUGCAUAGAUGAAUUUAAAUUAUUUACUCUUACUAAAGAUGAUAAUGUUACUCCAGAUCUUAUGAUCAAAUGUUGUGAACAACUUGUGGAGAAAAAGUACGAUUUAAGUCAAUAUUUGGAAGAAAUACAUUUAAAUAUCGCUACAUAUUAUUCGGUGUUGUCAGAUGGAGUUGUUUGUAUCCCAUGGAAUUGGAAAUUGUGAUUGUGGUGCUGUAAAUAUAGCGAAAUUGUUUAAUUUUAACAUUUAUUUAAGUUUAAAAAAUUAGGAAGACAUGUAGAGUUCAUGCUCGCAUCUAUUUUAAUAAACUUGUAAAAAUUAUUUUUCAGUUUUCUUUGAAUAGUUCUUUUUGUUAGGAAAG